UUGGAAACUAUCGAUAUCUAACCUUGUGUUUUUCGUCCUAUUUACAAACAAAUGGGGAACUUAUUUUAGAAAUUCAGAUACAGUUGGUAUAUAGCGAGGCUACUUCGAAUCGUGACUCUUUUUAUAUUUGAGAUACAUUACGCUCUUGCAAUUCCUGGCAAAAACUCACGCUACAUAGUGCUGCUAAAAAAAUCAAGAUUCAGGUCAUUCAAGGAAUUAGGUCAAGAAAUCCAACGUUGACCCAGAUAUUUGGUAAACUUGUCAUUGCUCUAAAAUUACAACUAGAGAUAUAUUAACACUUUGCUAGUCAGCAAGUGCUAAAUGAGAAACGGUAACAUCCCUAACAGUUUGCACAAACAGACAACCGUUAUCACCCACUUUAUUUAUACAUGAUAGGCAUGUCUACUCGCAUUUCGUGACCCUUUCUAUUGGGAUUAGGACGAGUGAAACGAAAACUCAUAUUUAUUGCAACAAAUGUGGAGAAACUUAAACUAGUAGUUCGGUUUUCUGUAACUUAAAAAAAAUGGAGUCUAAAAUGUGGUGGUUAGUUCUUUCUGCUGUAUUAGUACUUACUACUGCUACUUCUAUCAAUCGGCUGAAUCAGGACGAACUUGAUCCUAAUGAUGAUUUUGAGGGUCACGACGAUUUCGACACCUUCGAUGAGGACAGGGAUCUCGAGAGUACCAACGUGACGCAGUACGGAGAACGGAAAGGCAAAAUAUUGUUCCCGUUUGUAAGUAUCGUGCGUUUCGCGAACACUGACUGUGCGACUGCUAACACGAUGAAUGGCACCUGUUUGGCACGACGAGAAUGCAACAAUCUGAACGGUACCAUCACGGGCACUUGCGCGUCUAGGCGAGGGAGGUGCUGUGUCGUGUCCCGUACGUGCGGUACUACUACCAACGUAAAUAAUACGUACUUCACGAGUCCGGGCUACCCCGCGGCGUACGCCGGCGGGCCCGCCUGCUCCAUGAUUGUGAACCGGUGUAACAACAAUAUAUGUCAGCUCCGCAUAGACUUCUUGGAUCUAGUGUUAGCACAACCGAACGGCGACGGAAACUGCAUGACAGACGCCAUUGCAAUCACAGGAGGGAAUACGGUCGUCCCGAUACUUUGCGGAGAUUUGACGGGACAAACUAUAUAUGUGGACUUCAACGGGAACGCAGCCAUCACUAUCAUAAUCACCGCUACUUUAGCCACUACCUUCUCGAGACGAUGGAAUCUUAGGCUGACUCAACUUGGAUGCGAUUGUCCUGGACUAGCGCCCAACGGCUGCCUUCAAUACUACACGGGCAUAACGGGAACGAUCAAUAGCUUCAACUAUGGAACUGCUGCGAACACACUUCUCAGUGCCUCCUUGGUAACUGGUACCCGUCAAAUCGCCAACUUGAACUACGGAAUUUGCAUCAGGAUGGAAGCUGGUUACUGUACAAUUCGGUACAAUCAAGUCGCCAACGACGUCUUCUCCUUCACCGUGACCGGCGAUGUGGAGGGGGCUGAUAACACUGUCCUAGGAACAGCGCUAGGUGCCUUGAACAACGGUAACUGUCUGACUGACUUCGUGGUGAUACCGAACCCUGUAGUCGUCGCGACUGGUGUAGCUGUUAAUACGGAUCGGUUCUGCGGCAUUGGAUUUGUACCUGUUCAAAGUGGUGCUAAGCCGUUUGUUUUGUAUGUGGUGACUAGCGCAGACGAGGGGGCUACAGCCGCGACGCCGCCCGACGUCGCCAAUCGAGGAUUCUCAUUAAUGUACACGCAAGUCGCGUGUUAAUUUCUACAAAUUACAUUCAAAUUUGCUCUCGUAUGUUUGCGAACAACAAGGAAAUAAUAAAAAAAAUACGCUUGAUAAAACACUACAUAUUAAAUCAAUAAAAAUGGCUACAUAUUGCAUCAUAUUAAUAUAGCCAAUGCAUAACAUCACUAAGUCUAAAACUAUUCAAAGAUUAUAAAGAAAAAAAAAUACUUAUCGAUAAAUAGGAAUCAUUGGCCUAGCCUUUUCCCGAUAAAUAGGAAUAGUGACCUUUAAAACACAUGAAUGAACCCUGAGAUACAGGUCUGUCUUGAGGGAGUAGUCGCGUAAAUCAGUGUUCAAAAGUCAUUUUUUUCAGUUUUUUUUAAGAGGUCAUUCGGUUAGCAGCCAGUGCAUUAUUUUUUAAAUAAGUCAGGUUUCAGCUUCAGUUCCUUUUGAGCUUAGCCUAUAUUUCGUUUAGUUUUCUUAUUGUUUCUACUAUAUAUGGGAUAGGUUACUUUAUGUACUUUUGAAAAGGAGACUUUAAUGUUAUAAUUAUAAGAAAACGAGAAAUAACGAGUACCACUAAAGUAAAACCUCUUUACGUUAUUGUUUCCUUUUCGAAACAAUGGUUAAAUUAAAAUAAUAAAAUAUGUUUUUAAAAAAAUUGUGUUUUAUUUAUGACAGGACUUAAAUCAUCAGAAAGUAACUCACACCAAUGUGUUGUAAAGCGUUUAGUGUUUUUAUUAAAACGCAUAAAGGCUUAUUGACAUUGCACAAUCUUCAAUUAUUUUUAAAAC